ACUCUAUUUUCUGUUUUCGGUCUCGUGAGAGGGUUCUCCACUCUGGUUCUUACUGUAAUCUUCAAGUGCCAAAAUGAGCGAGGCAAGUGGAAGCGGUGAAGUAGCCGCAAGACCAGAUUACGCUGUAUGGGACUGCGUGAUUCCGUACGUAAAGGAACCGCAUGAUCGGGCUUCGGUUUCUCUGGUGUGCAAACAGUGGCACAACAUUGAUUCCCUCACGCGAAAGCAUGUCGCUAUUUCACUGUGUUAUGCCGCCACUCCGGACCUCCUCUUGCGGCGGUUCCCUAACCUCGAGUCGCUCAAGCUCAGGGGACAACCACACUUUGCUAAGUUCUUCCAUAUUCCUGAUGACUGGGGCGGCUAUGCUAAGCCCUGGAUUGAGGAAAUUGUCAAAUCUUUCAAAAAAAUGAAGGCGCUGCAUCUUCGUAGAAUGAGAGUUAAGGACUCGGACCUUAAAUUGAUUGCUGCUACAGCAAUUGGAAAGGGUCUUGAAGUGUUGAAACUUGAUACUGUCGCUCUCUCCGGAGUUUGAGGACCUUGGAUAUGGAAGGGAGCGAAAUAAGUGAGUAUGAUGGGAAAUGGCUACAUGAGCUUGCUCUGAACAAUAAAGUUCUAGAAAAUUUUAACUUGUUGAGCAACCUUGGAGUCGAAUCUGGAGACCUUGAACUGAUAGCCAAAAACUGUGCAUCUCUUGUCAAGGUGAAAAUUUGUACGGAUACUGAUAUUGCUGACCUCGUUGGUUUCUUCUGCAAUGCGGCUGCAUUAGAAGAGUUUUGGGGGGGCUUUUUUGACAUACCACAAGAAGAUGGUGUAGGUGAUCAAAAUGCGCUCGGUGGUAGCAUUUCCCCAAAAAUCGUGCUCCUUGGGUAUUAUGCUCUUGGAGAAUCAAGAAUUACCGAUUGUCUUUCAUUUUGCUGCUCGACUUAAAAAAUUGGAUCUGCACUCAGUUCUGCUUGAUAUGGAAGGUCAUUGUCAAUUAUUGGAAAGGUGUCCCAACUUGGAAAUGCUCAAGGGAAGGGACAUGAUUGGAUAUAGAGGAUUGGGAGUUGUUGCUCAGAAUUUUAAGAAAUUGAAAAGUCUAUGGUUAUGCGGGGAUGAGAAUUACAACUUAGAAGCCAUGACUACAAUGAUUACACACGGGAUUAAUUCUUUUGUCACAGGGAUUCCUUGAAUUGGAAUUCUUAGUUUUUACUGCAUCCGACCUCACAAAUGCAUCCCUAGAAAGUGUAGGCACGCACUUGAAAAAGCUUUAUAGAUUCCGUUUGACAUUACUUGAAAAUAAAGAGACAAUAGCAAAAUUUCCGCUUGAUAAUGGAGUUCGAUCAUUGUUGAUGGGUUAUGAUAAACUUACUGGCCUUGCUUUGCAUCUUCAGCAUGGUGUCCUAACAUAUGUGUGUUUCAGUUAUAUUGGAAAGUAUAGUCAAAAAGUGGGAUGCUUUUGAGUUUUGUGGAAUCUGAUAAUGCGAGUAAGGAAUUUUUCGAAGGCUUACCUAGCCUCCAAAAGUUAGAAUUGAAGAGAUGCUCCUUCAGUGAAGGUGCAUUAGGAGAUGAUAUACUACGACUACCUUCUUUGAGGUAUUUGUGCGUUCAGGGAUACAUUAAGUCCUUGUUUAUUUCAUAUUAUUUACUCAUUAAAAUAAAAAAUAUGAUUGUUAUCCAUCACAUCAAGUCACCAUAUUUGAAAAUUUAUCUAUUGUGUGAGGCUUGUAAUGACUAUAUUUUUUAUUCUCAUUUUUAUAUUAAUGCGGUUCAAACGGGACUUAAAUCUGGAGCUGAUUGGAAUAACGUACAUAAGAAGCGUCUAAAAUGGAUUACUAAGUUCAUUUCAACAGCACAAGACUUCGCCAUUCCUAAUGAAAAAGGAGAGGAUGCAACCAUUGAGAUUGAAGGCCAAAUUCUGGCUUAUUAUUCGCUUGCUGAUCGGAGAACAGAUUUUUUAUCUACAAUUGUGGCUUUCAUCCCCAAGGUUACAAUCGAUGAGUAAAUGUGCAAACCUUUGAGAUCCCUUCAUGUAAUUAAAACUCCUUACUAGUUGAGAUACUUUCUGUUCUGAGUUCAGUGCAAUAAGUUUGCUUUCUUAGGUGAUAGGAAUGUAAUUGACCCAUUGCCACUCUACCUUUCAUUUGUAUAGCAUUUUGAUGUGUUGGAAUGUUUGAUGUCUGGUAAUACUUGGAAUUGUGGAUUGGUGCAGUAAAAUCUUAGCUGCUAAUGAACACUUGUGUAGUUUUAACAUGUCGAAUGAACAUUUGUUGUGAUCCAA